AUGGACUAUGCUUGGGCUAGAGAACUUGGUUUAAUCCGUAAACCAGCGUCGUUUAUGACUUCAAUUUGCGACGAACGAGGCGAAGAGCUUAACUAUGCUGGAGUUCCAAUCACAAAAGUGCUAGAACAGGACAUAGGAGUUGGCGGUGUGCUCGGCUUGUUGUGGUUCCAGAAACGACUUCCUGCAUACGCCAACAAAUUCAUUGAAGUUUGCCUGAUGUUGACAGCUGAUCAUGGACCCGCGGUAUCUGGUGCGCACAACACGAUCGUCUGUGCCAGAGCUGGAAAAGACCUGAUAUCUUCACUCGUCUCGGGAUUGUUGACGAUUGGAGAUCGGUUUGGUGGUGCAUUGGACGGCGCGGCUCGUCAGUUCUCUGAAGCCGUAGAUAAGGGAUGGAGUCCAAUGCAAUUCGUGAACGAGAUGCGAAAACAAGGAAAGCACAUUAUGGGAAUUGGUCAUCGUGUGAAAUCGAUUAACAACCCUGACAAGCGAGUAGAAAUUUUGAAAAAUUUCGCACUGGAUCGCCACCAAUUCAAACAAGAGACGCCAUUGCUCGAGUAUGCUCUUGAAGUGGAGAAAAUCACCACGGCGAAGAAACCGAAUCUAAUUCUAAACGUGGACGGCGCGAUCGGUGUGAUUUUCGUGGACAUCCUUCGUCAGUCGGGAAUGUUCACUCCUGCCGAGGCUCAAGAAACGAUAGAAAUCGGAGCUUUGAAUGGACUGUUCGUCCUUGGACGUAGUCUUGGAUUUAUCGGUCAUUAUUUGGACCAACGCCGUCUAAAGCAGGGAUUGUAUCGUCAUCCUUGGGACGAUAUCUCGUACAUUAUGCCUGAGCGCGAUCUGUGA